ACAUGGCCCUGCCGGCACCUUGGCCUCUAGACCGUGAGGCAGGAAGUCUCUGUUGAUAAACUGCUGCCUGGUCUCUGCUGUGGCCACACUCAAACCACGGCAGGGAGCGGCUGCUAACAGGCACAGGACGUCUUCUGCAGAUGAUGCACGUGUUCCGGAAUGAGAUUAGUGGGGAUGGUCACACAACUUAAUGAACAUACUACGAACCACUGAACAGUGCACUUUAAAGGGUGACUUGUGUGCGUGUGAACGACACCUCAGUGAAGCUGUUUUUCAGGAAUCAGGAGAGCCACUGUGGAGGCCACGCCUCAAGAAGACAGCACCGGAAGACCAGAAACGGCACUGGGUCCCCGUGCGGCAGGUGCUCCCGGGAUGUGGGCAGGGUGAAGGCAGUCUUCUCUGUGGUCACAUGCGUGAGCCCCUGCCUUCUCUCUCGGGGCCUCCUCCGUCCCUGCGUGGUUUGGGGUCUGUUCCUGAAAACACAAACGGCCUGGUCACGAACACCUGCCUGCGUUGUUGGCCACAGGCCUGGCCUGGGGAAACCCACACCCUUUUCAGAGAGGCGAGCUCUGGGCGUGUCAGUGCCUGAAGCCAGUGGGCUGGGAACCCACAGCAGGGACACUCAGAGCGGGCAGGGUGGGCACAGGGCCCCAGCAUGCCAAGAGGCCAGUCCACCCUGCUUUGUCACCGACCACAUCCCGUGGGGAAAGAGGCUGGAGGGGCUGGGGCAUCUGCAUUUGGCCUGCAGGGAAUCUGGGUCCCCCUGGCUGUGGGUGGCAGGGGAGGGCCGGCGUGGGCAGGCUGCACCGAAGGCCCCCCAGGCCAACCUGGUCAGGGUGGGAGGGGGAAGGGGCAGGAAGCCUCAGCCUGGACCAGGUAUGGUGUGAACAGCCCACAUGGGAGGGGCCGGAACCGCCCAGAAGGCCUCAGCAUAUGCGUCUGCUGCAGCAGAGCCAGGAGGGCACGGGAGGCACGUCCAGGGCAGAGGCACCACGUGGGGCUCAGCCAGUGGUCAGGGUCAUGCCUGGUUGGUGGCACUGAGGACCCUGCAGCCUUGGCCCCCCUCUCCGGGAGCUGAUUUCCUCCACAUGGUCACAGCAAAGGCAGGCACCAGAGGGGCCAGAGGUGUGGGGGGCUGCACCACUGCUCGUCUCCCCCUUACCACCUCCAGUGAUGUCCACGCAGAUGGGGUUUUGAGGGGCGUCCACACCUGGCCUGCUGCGGCCGCCCAGCUUCCUGCUAGGGAGAUGGGGCCGGUGCUGAUGGGGAACAGCUGUUGUGGGGGCAGCCAGAGGAAACCAUGUUCCCAUGGGGUGAGCUCAUGGUUUAUGUGUUCCCCGCCAGAUCCAUAACAUCCUGGAGGCAGAAAUGCAGAGGCCGCCCCCGCCCCCGCCCCCGCCCAGCCUCCCUGCUCUGACACCAGGGCCACUCAGCUGUCCUUGCCCUGCCCGCACCCCCUGUCCUGACGCCCCCUCCUCCCUCCACUCGCUCCCCAUCAUUG